UUCAGACUUCAUUUUGUGACAAUUGUGCCUAUUCAUACAUAUGGUCAUACAUAUGGUCAUACAUACGGAUCGUCGUAGUCCAAGCUUUCAAUCCGUGACCGUCGCUCGGGGCAGCAAAAGGAACAUCCGCAACUAGGUAUACAAGAUACUGGAUCGGAUAUUCCCGCCGUACCUUGGAAAUUAAAUCUUACAACCAGGGAUCCAACGUUGUUAGAAGCCCGUGUUUCUUCUACCUAAUUCCAGAUCCCAGGGGGGGGGGAACGAACCAGGCUGAGGUCUUCGCAAAUUGAGUCCCGUUCGAGAAGUACCACGGACUACCAUUCGCUGGGAUCGAUAAUUCCUCGAUAAUUCCUCGAUAAUUCCUCCACGCUAAUUUCCCGUCCCAUCCCGUCUCUUAAAAUGGAGGCCGAUAUCAGAGCCGCUAUUCCGGAUAUCGAUCCCGUUGUCUCCGAAUAUUCGGUAGGCUAUCUUAGACAUGCAUCCACCGCGUGGGUCGGCGACGAGGAAUCCUCUGGCCUGUCUCCGCUAGCCGAGGCCGCUGCUGCUGUCACUGAGCUCCUUUUGUCUGCCUCCGGUGAUUCGGCUGGGUCCAACCAGGACAAGAUUCGAUCCAUAGUCUCCAAGUGGGUUGACAAGUACGAGGAAGUCAACAGCAGCAAUGGUGAGAGACGGGGUCCGUCCGCCGUGAAGCGGCUAGACCAGGCCAUCCAGGUCGGUGCUCAGCGAAAUAUGUCCUCGACUCUAGCUGUGGCUACCGGGAGUGUCGAUCUUGAAUCUGCCAACGCUCGUAAGGUAGAGUCUAAGGUUGACCGGAAGAAGCUUGAGAAGGCAGAGCGCAAAAUCGCCGCCAAGCAGAGCAAGAAGCAGUUCAAGACGGUUGAGUAUGAAGCAUCUAAACUGAUCAACCAAGCCGAGGAUGCUCAGAGCUAUGAGGAGUUCUACAUGGCUGUCAACCCCUUACAACUUGGCUCUGGCAGCGGCGCCGGCAAAACGAAAGAUAUCAAAAUUGAAAAUAUUGAUGUCGGCAUUGGUGGUACCCGUAUCUUGGCGGAUACGGACUUAACAUUGGCAUACGGGCACCGCUACGGUUUAGUUGGUCACAACGGUGUUGGUAAAUCUACGCUGCUCAGAGCGCUCUCAAGACGAGAGUUACCAGUGCCUACGCAUAUUUCUAUUCUCCACGUCGAACAAGAGAUCUCCGGUGAUGACACAUCCGCUUUACAGGCCGUCUUGGAUGCCGACGUUUGGCGGAAGGUGUUACUCAAAGAGCAAACAGAGAUAACAGCUCGUCUUGCCGAAAUCGAGUCACAGCGAUCGUCUAUGGCAGAUACUGCCGUAGAUGCUGCAAAGCUGGACCUUGACCGAGAAGCGCUUGACCAGAAGUUGGGAGAAAUCCAGGCCAAGUUGGCCGAAAUGGAGUCAGACAAGGCAGAGUCCAGAGCUGCUAGUAUUCUAGCCGGUCUGGGAUUCUCCGCCGAGCGCCAGCAGUUCGCAACCAAGACGUUCUCCGGUGGUUGGCGUAUGCGUCUAGCCCUUGCCAGAGCCCUUUUCUGCGAGCCUGAUCUAUUACUGCUCGACGAACCGUCCAACAUGUUGGACGUCCCCUCGAUUACUUUCCUUUCCAACUAUCUACUCACAUAUCCGAGCACCGUCUUGGUAGUCAGUCACGACAGGGCUUUCCUAAACGAAGUCGCGACAGAUAUUAUACACCAGCACUCGAUGAGGCUGGAUUACUACAGAGGAGCUAACUUCGAAUCCUUCUACGCCACCCGAGAGGAGCGUAAGAAGACCGCAAAGCGAGAGUACGAAAACAACGUGGCGCAGCGCGCCCAUCUGCAGGCCUUCAUCGACAAGUUCCGGUACAACGCUGGCAAGGCUGCCGAAGCACAGUCGCGUAUCAAGAAGCUGGAGCGUAUGCCUAUUCUCGAACCGCCAGAGACAGAAUACAGUGUCAAGUUCCGGUUCCCAGAGGUGGAGAAGCUUUCGCCGCCAAUCGUGCAAAUGUCAGGGGUCACAUUCGGGUACAGCGAAGACAAUAUCCUACUACGUAACGUGGACUUGGACGUGCAACUGGACUCACGUAUCGGUAUUGUUGGGCCUAACGGUGCAGGUAAAACCACCAUCCUAAAAUUACUUAUUGGCAAGUUAUCGGCAACCAAGGGUCUCAUCCAGCAGAACUCGCGCCUGCGCAUCGGUUUCUUCGCACAGCACCACGUGGACGCGCUCGACCUCACCGUGAGCGCCGUCAGCUUCAUGUCUAAAGAAUACCCUGGCCGUACGGACGAGGAGUACCGCCGGACACUCGGCGCAUUCGGCAUUACGGGCACAACCGGUCUGCAAAAGAUGGCCGUAUUAUCUGGAGGUCAGAAGUCGAGGGUUGCGUUCGCGUGUCUGGCCCUCACGCAGCCGCACAUUCUUGUUCUUGACGAACCAUCUAACCAUCUUGAUAUCGAGGCCAUGGACGCCUUGUCCGAGGCGCUGCGCGAGUUCCAAGGAGGCGUGCUCAUGGUUUCUCACGACGUGACGAUGUUGCAGACGGUGUGCACGAGCUUGUGGGUUUGUGAAAAUGGGACGGUUUGGAAGUUCCCUGGAGAUGUACAGGCGUACAAGAAGAGGAUUGCGGCGCAGGCGGAUGCGGCUGGUGUGGUUAAGGCGCAUUAGGGGGUUGUUGAAUAGGAUAAAAGGGGGUGUGUAAGGGGUAUAGGUUAGGUAGAUGGGUAUAUAUGAAUGAGAUAUGAUGAGAUGUUAAAAUACCGAUUGUGUGCUUAGCUAUUGGUAUCCCAUGUGUUAUUGAUUCCGAGACGGACACGGUGUAAUCCGUCUACCUUCAGCUUCAGGUAUCAAUAGUCUUCUACAACUACAUAAGAGAUAGUAAUUAUACCCAU